CUCGAGCGAUAACCGUGACAUACAGUGUCGAGGAUUUAGUGACGUUCACGUGGACAGAUCACGUGUUUUCGCCUCGUGAUCGUUGCCGAAUUGCUGCGGAAUAUGCUUCUUGGUGGCUGCAGAUAUUCUAUCCAGAGUCAGAAUGUGCCGUCCACGAGGACCGGCGGCGCCUGGGGUCCUUAUAAUUCUUUUCGAAACACCAAUAUGCCGUUGCAGGACAUCACAUUGAGUCAAACCCUGCCAUUGACGAACGGUGAAAACACAAGAGCAUAUGGUGAAAAUUCCUCCGAGGACAAAGACGGAACGACGAUGGCGCGAUCAGGAGAUGGUGGAGGAGGCGGUGGAGGUGGAGUCGGUUACGGUAGAACCAUGAAGGAGUACGAGGAUGAAUUGAGCAACCUGAAAAAGGAGAACUUCCAGCUUAAGUUGCGAAUUUAUCUGUUGGAGGAGGGAAACCCUGCAAGAAAUGGCAUCAGUAGUUUCUCCGACGAGGACGUAAUCAAAACGAACGUAGAAUUAAAGGAAGAGUUGAAGAAAUUGAGGAAGGAAUUGAUGGAGAAGCAGGUCCUGCUUAAUCAGGCAGCCAGAGCUUUUAAAUUAUAUGAGGAACAGAAAGCAGCAACUUCUCGUACUCAAGAUCAAUAUCAGCAAUCGCUUGAAAAAGAACGAGAAAAAGUAACCAAGCUUGAAAGAGAAUUAGCAGAGUAUCGAGAAAGGGAACUAGAUACAUCCUCGUAUUACAAGGAAACAUUUGGCAUCACUCCGGAACAGGCGUUAAAAAAUGUAGAAAAGUUGCGACAGAUGGAAGAACUGGUGGCUUCCCUCGAAGCAGAGGUGAAACAGAUAACCGGCAGUCUGGAAGAGGAGCGCAAUUGGGCACAGGAACUUGAAAACGAGAGGGAUCAGUUCAGAGAGCGAUUAGACACGGAAACGCGGCUGCGGGAGAAGCAGGACAAUGAUCGAGUGCGAAAUAUCGAGGAACUGUGCGAUGAAGUGAAGGAGCUGAAGGACCAGUUAUUCAAGAAGAAUUCAAUCGUGCAGCAAUACGAGAACGAUCUUGCCGAACGGGACAGAUUGCUUAAACAGAAGAGCACAUUGUUGGAAGAAAGGUGUCAGGCAUAUGAGGAGAUCAGCCAGGUUUCCGAAAAAAGGAAAAAGCAGAUCAUUCAAUUGAGGGCAUCUGUAAAAACACGCGAUGACGCCCUCACAGAGAUCAACAAUAAGCAUCGAGCGUUGCUAUCACAGUGCGAAAAUAAUUAUGGCAAGCGUUCGCCACCUAGUAGUCCCUCAGCUUUAGUUUCGUUGACAAACGAUUAUCUAUCACCAUUUACGGGACAGAAAGUAUCUUAUGUACAAAGUACAACAAAGCAUGAUGGUUCUUAUGAUUGUGAAUCGAGUAAAGAAAGAGCGACGAGUUUGAGUUCACCACUCGGCAGAGAUUCCAAGGAACUCAAGAAUCUUAUAAAGGAACUGGAAGAGAGGGACAAUAAAUUAAAACAGCACGAAGAUACUAGAAAGCAGUUGAUAUUAAAACUGUGCAACGCCCAGAAGCAGGCAGAAAAUUCAGAGCAAAAAUUGAAAAAACUGGAGGUCGAGUAUAAGAAGGCCAUUAGAGCGAUACAAGGCUUUAUGGAGCGCGAGAAACACAGGCGAGAUACGGAUUCCCACCAAGAACGGCAGAUCAUGGAACUAGAUUCGGAGUUACGCAAGAGAAGAAACAGCCACAGUCCCGUCUCGUUGAAGGAUCUCAGCGUUAAGAACGUGGACGAUAUUGAAAACGAAUCCUGCAAACAGCAACGUUUCGAAGAAAUGGAAAGCAAGAUUAGCGACCUGCGAGACCAAAUCGAGACAAUAAAAGCUGAAAAGAAUCUCUUGGAAAAACGGACGCAAGUCGAAUUUAACGAAUUCCAAGUUCGUCUUCUCAAUAAGGAGCAAAAGAUUAAGGUCCUGGAGAUGGAGAAGCAGAUUGUUACAGAAGAUUUGAAAAACAAAACUGCUCAACUCGAUAACCUCAGGCAUGUCGACGAGAUGAACGGUGUGGAUGCAGUUACCACCACCAAUUAUCGUGACGAUACUCUGCGAAGGGAAGAUCUGCUCGAGCAGUUGAAUCAGCGAAAUGUCGAGGUCGAGGAGAAGAAUCGCAAGAUUGAACAGUUGACGAAGGAAUUGCAUGCGACGACUCAGAAUCUGCAGAUGUUGAUUAACACAGAACUCUGGAGCAAGAACAAGGAGAUCGCCAAGCUGCACAAUCAUAUGACAGCAUCGUGUAGUCAUGACAGGAACCGUAAUAAGCCCGAGAUUGUCCAGGAAGUUGAUAGCAGCUUGCAGUUAACAAAUCUGAUUCACGAGUUGAAUGAAAUCGGUGUUAAAGUAAAUUUCACGAAUGACAUUGUUCAACUCGAUUACAUUAACGGGGACGAAACGGUGGACGUGAAGACUUUAAGCGAGAGCGUUCAGAGGCUGACGAGUCAGCGAAAUGAUCUCGAAAAAGAAGUGGAUUAUCUCAAGUGGCUGAAGCUCGUGUCGAAGCCCGACAUCGCCGCGGAAAUCGAUGGUUGUGGCAACGAGACGGAACGGGCGAAGAAGUACUGCGAGCUACUGCGCACGCAUCUGAAGGACCUGGUGAAGUUCAUGAAGGAGAUGCUCAAGAAUACCGAUCGUGCGGACACUAUUGGUACCGAGCACAAGAAAAUCGUGCUCGAUGUUCUGCUCAGCUCCAAAAUACUGUCGGAUGAUUUUGUGCGCGCUCUUGAAGGUAUGAGCGUGGAAGACGGUGGUGCGAUCGUGAACGAUAGGAUCGAUGGUUCCGUGAAAAGGAGUCGGUCCGACAACGUCGUGGAGACGUCGAAAAAUCAGGCGUCGCAGUCGGAUUCAGAAACGUUCUCGGAACCCGAUCGGACCGUCUCCAUGGCCAGAAUCGGUCUGCAGGAAAAGCAAUACAAGAACCUGUGCCGUCCCAGAUUCACGAAGUACACCAAGACCCGCAGCGACUCCGAGGACUCCGCGGAUUAUGUGCCUUAUCAUAAGACCUAUCAGAACGACCUUGAUCUGGACGCGAGCCACCAGAUACAGGAGCUGAAGGAAACGAAUAACAUGUUGUAUUCUGAACUUAGCGCUCUAAGGAAUGACUUGAUCACAAAAGCUUCUUUCGAUUGUGUAAUCGAUGAAAAAUUAACGCCAUUUAUCACGAAGUUGGAGAAAUCGCAAAGGUUUUGUGAAAAGUUACAAGUUUCUUUGGAGAAGAGGAUACACGAGUUCCAUACGUUGAGAAAGGAGAACAAGCAGAAUAGCGUUCGCAAGAUGCAAUUGGAGAAAAAGAUCAACGAUGUCGAACAAAUGGCGAGCGAAAUUACCAAACAGAAAGCUGAAUUUUUGCAGUACAAGGAAAACACCGAUAGAAAGACUACGGAAACUCUUUUGAUACUCAAUAAAGAGAACGAAUCGUUGCGAGCGAGAAUUAAACAGCUAGAGGAUGAAACGGAAACCGCCAAGACAACCAUAUCCACUCUUAGAAAAGAACUGGACCAUCUCACUCUUUCGCAUAGUCAAAUACUCGUGGAGAAUACCAAGUUGACGAACGACAAGUUAAGACUUGAGCAAGAUAUAAGGAAAAUGGAAAAUCGAUAUGACGUGACUGUUCGUUCGCUGCACGAUAAAUUCAGCAAAGAGAUAUGCGAUCUCAAUCAGAUCAACGAAUCGCAUAGAGCAAGAGUGCAAGAACUCGAAACGGCGAAUAAAGAAUUUAGGAGACACAUGGCGGUGUGCGAGGCUAGCGAUUCGGCGGCGAGCUCGAGCGGCGUAUCGUCGAUACCUACGGACGCCACGCUCAAGCAAACUUGCGAUAUUCUGCAGGAAUAUCAACCUUAUAACGUCUCGCAAUUUUGGCAACUGACGAAUUACUCUGCACUUGGAGGACGCAGUAAAUCCAGUUGUUCGCCAGAUUUGGGGAUAGAAAGCGACGCUGCCGUUAAUACAAUGAGACCUUUGAAAGACACAUUAAAAAUCACAGAAUCUAUGACUAACUUAUUGAGCGACGAAGACGGUAGUAAUCACAGAGAUUCAAACAGUGAAAGUCCAUUACCGAUAGAAGGUCUUGAAGAGGUUGAAGCUUUGAAACAGGAGAAUGAAGCAUUAAAGCGAAGACUGAUGAAAACUCGGAAAGCAUUGGAGGAUACGUUUGAGCACUUAUCGGCCUCAAACAAGAACAAGAAAAAUGUUGAAAAGGCGAUAAUAAAGCAACUUAUGGUCACAAGAAGUAUCCUCAAAAAGACGAGGACAUACGACGAACCUUCGGACAACUAACUAACAGAGAUUACAGACUGACUGACUGAUUAAAAAAAUAUUAUGCACGAAGUGUGAAAAAAGGGAAGUAGAACAUAGGAAAGUUGUUACUCGUUGAAUUGUGUUUCUCAUAGAUUAAUUGUUCAUUCAAUGUAUCGUGUUUUAUCUGCGUUUCUCAUUUAUCUCUUCUCACAUUUUUUUGAGGUGAGAGAACUAACGAUACAUAUCGGUACAAAAAAUUGCAAUACUCAGUAAUACUGUAAUACUAGGAAUUACGUGUUACAAAAUUUUUAAACGGAAAAGAUUUCUAAGUGACAGAUAUUUUCAUACGAACACAGAAAUAAACUGUUUUCAAAGAAUAUAAAAAAAAAAAACGAAACGAGAGCUUAAGAUGGAUUUGUAUAUUGAGAUUUGUAUAUAUUUAUACGGGAUACGCGGAUGAUAUUUUUGACAUUUUUGUAGAUUUUCUUUUUUUCACUGUGGAAAAGACCUUCAAAUGCUGAAUACGGCGCGAAUGCCGAUAUUAGAGUCUGUCUUCGUUUGUUGACGUAUUUUGCUUUAUGAAUAACAGAAAUUCGCAAUAUGUGUGUAUAUAUAAUUAAUAAUUAUCUCAUAUAUCGUUAUGUAGCAUUUGUACAUAAUCACCAUGAAUAAAGUGCCAUUGAUAUGCAGGAG